UGAUGGAAAGAAGGGAUCGGAUAGUUUAGAUGCUUCGGGAGUGUGGUUGGUUUUGUCAGGAGAACCGCUGAAGUUCCUUACUUAACCAUUUUUAAAAGAAAAGUCUUGGAUUAGACGGAAAUGGAUGUCACGAUAUCCUACCUCGGCUUUGUAUUUUUUUGUGUAAUCGCAGGUUUGGCCCGUGGCCUGGAGAUCACAUCCCAGAGUGCCACGUCCAUAGAGAUGGCCAGCGGUCAGAGUGUCAAGCUGGACUGCCAGUUCACUCUGGGCCCUGAGGACUCUGGCCCCCUGGACAUUGAAUGGAGCCUGCUGGCCUCUGACAACCAGAAAGAGGACAAAGUGGUGAUCCUGUACUCCGGGGACCGGGCCUAUGAGGACUACUACCCGGCGGUGAAGGGCCGAGUCCACUUCAAUUCACCCGACCCGAAGAAUGGCGACGCCUCCAUCAACCUGACGGGUCUGAAGUCCAGCGACACCGGGACCUACCAGUGUAAGGUGAAGAAGGCUCCGGGCAUCCGCAGUAGGAAGAUGCUUCUGACUGUCAUGGUGAAGCCAUCUAAACCCAGAUGCUAUGCUGAGGGCCCAACCCAGGAGGGCAAGGACGUGGUGUUGAGGUGCAUCUCCACAGAGGGAACCAACCCUCUGCAGUAUACCUGGGAGAAGACCAGCGACAGCAAACUGCUGCCCGCCACUGCUGUGCUAGAUCCUGUUGGAGGCAGCAUGAACUUACGGAAUGCUUCCAUUGCCUUCUCUGGAAACUACCGCUGCACGGCCAAGAACCGAGUGGGCACGGAGGAGUGUGUUCUGCAGCUUGGCAUCACACCCCCCCCUAACACAGCUGGUAUUAUAGCCGGAGCCAUCAUCGCUGUUCUCCUGGCCCUCAUCAUCAUCGCCAUCAUCCUCUUCUGCUGCUGCCGCGCCCGCCACAGGAAGAAGUACGAGAAGGAGAUCUCCUAUGAGAUCAGAGAGGAUGUCCCCCCUCCGAAGAGCCGCGUGUCCACGGCCCGCUCCUUCACCAGCGUGGGCAGUCAGCGCUCCUCCCUCGGCUCCAUGUCCCCGUCCAACCUGCACGAGUACGCCCUCAAGCCCCAGUAUGACAAGAUCCCCUCGGUGGAGGAGUACGACAGGCCCCCCAGCCACGUGCCUCCACCUGUCGCCGCCAAGAUGGCCGGCCCGAACCUCAGCCGCAUGGGAGGAAUCCCUGUCAUGAUCCCCGCCCAGAACAGGGACGGUUCCAUCGUGUAGCGGAGAGAUGGGGUGGGGGGGUGAGGGGGCGACACUGGGGGGACACAGACCAGAGAGGAGGAGGGGGUGGCUUGGCCGUCACCAACCGGGAGCCCCCUCUCUGCUCUAUGGAGGUUGCCCUGAGGGAAUACUAUGCCACGCCAGACAAAAAACAUCACAUGCUCUGAUGAAUUUCUUUUAAUGGACUUUUAUUUCACAUACAAAAAAAGGAAAUUCAAGGGUGGUUCCAUUUUAAUGGCCAAUUAACGCAGGUUAAUUUGUAAAUAGUUGCGUAAUGUUUUUGUUUUUUUUAUCAAGCCAGCCCUGUUCGUAAAGAGGUGCGCAGGCCGAGGCCUCUGAUUGGCCUAUGGUGUGAACUGUGUACUGUGUACAAUAUUACUGCUGUGCUGUUUGUGGCUGUACUAUGUAUGUUUCUGGGGUGGGAAACACUUCUAUUUCACUUGUCAUUAUAUGGACUGGCCCCAAUGGUCAGAUACAUCGUUGAUCAAUUCACUUCUAUAGAAAUGUUUUUUAAAUAUGUAACCUAUCAUAUCUGAUCAAAUCUGGGUUGCUUAACUUGCGUAGUUACCAUUUUACAGAUGCUCAUUCUUCUGGUUUGACUGUGGCUGAUGUUUGUUAGCUCUAAGAGCCGUUGGCUUGGCUGGUUCGACAGUUGAUCGUUUGAAAUGUCCAGCUUGGUCUUGGGACAAGGUUGGCUAACAACACAGGAGGGCUGUUUAAGCUACCACAUGUUGCGAUUGGUGGAUUAUUUUCUUAGCUGGUCUUCCAGUGACCCCUGUCUUGUUCCUAGCACGGGCAGUGUUUUGGAGCAUGGGGUGGUGAUUGGUGCGGUUCACUGAUCAAUCAUAUUUGAUUGUGUUUGACCGUCACCAGGCCCCCCAAACCCUGGGCCCCCCUCCCCAGAGACAUCCCUCCCCCAACACACAUUCCAUGUUAGCAGGACAACAGUGGCAACACUACGCUAUUAUUAACCAUCUCUGGGGUUGGCCCAUUAAAGCGGACAUUUGCAUAUGCUUACAUGUGGCCUUAUUUUCACGCUUUCUGUUCCUGUAGGUGAUCCCCAAAACAGUUUUUAGAUGUUGUUUUGUUUUAGAAAAUGGUUGACACAUUAACAUGGUCUUUUGUAAAUGUGUCUGUUAUAACAUGUUCACGCUCCACCAAACCAGCUUAAAAUACACCGGAGUAAAACCAAACCAGCCUGUAAUAAACCAGAAUACCACCAAACCAGCCUAUAAUUGGCAGAAUACCACCAAACCAGCCUAUAAUUGGCAGAAUACCACCAAACCAGCCUAUAAUUCACCUGAAUCAUAUUUUCUUAGUCUCGGCACUACAUUUUAUAGAUCCAUGUUUGAAUGUUUCUGUUCACAAAAGAAACAAAAAUAUGCAAACAUGGAUUUAUGUACCAUAAAAUAAUCUGUGCAGAGACAUUACUCAGAAUAACAUUAUAAUGUGAUGAAUUUGUUUUGAUUGUUUUAUAACAUGCUAUCAUCAGUCACUGACAAGUGAUGUGACAACCAUUUAGCAAAAAAUGGGAUCAACAGAGAGGCUGAAAAUAAGGUAAAGUGUGGAAACGUCCACUUUUUUUGCCACGCUUUUUGUUGACCCAUUAAACUUAAGUUGUCUCAACUGUUAGCUUCAGAGAAUAGGAUGCAUUUGGAACUGCACAACUCGGAAUCAGUAUCUCUUUGAACCACCUGAAGUUUUUAGUGGUUCAUUCAUAACGGUUAAAUGAAGGAUUUAUCUUUGUAUGUAUAGUGUAGUAUGUUACAUGAUAUCUACAAGGAAGUGAGUAUUAAUGAAAGAAGUAAACCAAAUACUGAGUGACAGGAAUGGAGUACAGUAAGCCCUACCCAGUCUCUGUGUCAUGUACUCAUUUACUAUAGGCUGGUUUCUCCAGUCUAAACCGCAGGCCCCCAGUUAGUUGUUAUGCUCAGCCAAGAUGGUGUGUUUCUUUGAUUGACAUCACUGUUUUUGUGCCUUGUCCCUACUGGCUUUGAUCAUACACACACCUAGCCUCUUCACUGUGAAAGACCUAAAGGCAAUAUCCUGUAUUCACAGAAACAUACAUAAUAGCCCUCUUACCCUUUUAACCUGGAAAUAAAACGCAUCACCAAAGGCAAUUCUAUCAUUCAGAAUGCCUUACAAGUCCAGUCAUGCAUGUACAGUGUGUGAAUGAAAGAAAAAAUUCAAAUCCCGGGUGUCCAACGCUUUUCUCCCUUGUGUCCGUAAUCCAUAGUUGUUGCAAUGUGAGAUUACUGCAUGACGGCCCAGAUGGCAGUGAAACGUCGGGAGAUGCUGUGAUUUCAUCAACUCUGGGGAAGUAUAUACGCUUACUUUGUACAGCCCUGGCCUUAGGGAUCUGUGUAUUAGUAAACCCAGGCUCCAUACAUGAAGUAAACCACGCUGGGCUUUUAUUUUCCUGCCAAGCAGCAUACACGGAGGUUUUGGAGCCAGCUGUGGUUUUCAUGUGUGGUGCGUGUCAGUGUUGGCUUCAGCACAUGCAUGGCCGCCAGGCUGAUGUACCUGCAAUACUGGCCAACAGCAGGCAAUAUAACCUGUAUAUUGUCCAUGUUUCUAGACCCUCUGGAAAUCUGCGUUGCAUUACUUGGACAGAGUGGGGGUUAAUUGCUUUAGUCCCCCAUGAAAAUGUCUGCCUACCCGGCAUUCUAGAGAUUUCUUUUUUUCCCCCUAGCUCUUUAUUUAAAGUGGCAAUGUUGUCAUUUAUUUUUCUUAUUCACAUUUUUUUUUUAAAGUAUAUUAUUUGAUGUAUUUUUCUAAAUGAAGGCUUUGUUUGGUAUGUGUAAAUAUGCUGUAACAGAAACACUAUCUCAAGAACUAAUCCCACCAUAAUGACUGCUGCUCUGUGUAGGGUGACCCUCUGCCGUGGUCGGCCUGGUUAACGGACAUCUGGUCUCAAUCUGAGUAUGGGGUGAAGUCUCCCUGGCUCACCGCUGUAGCCCGCUUUCAAUAUCCAGAUUAGCUUAUUACUAAUGAUGAAGCAAUAGCGUGCAUUCUGAAUAGUGUACUUGUGGUUAUUGACCCUGUGUGUGCGUGGGGAAUGUACUAUAGUACAUUGUGGGCUUGAUGAAGUGGAGAUGAUGGGAGUCCUGACCCCUUGUUGUGGCAGGUACAUUCUCACACCCCUGGC